AUGACAUCCACUGUUUUCACAAGUGGAGGAUAUAAGCUGGACACAGUAGGGAAGAUUGAUUUGGUCAAAGCUCCAGCAGGAGGAACACCCGAUUCCUUCAUCGGCCUGAGGAGGGAGCCAAGUGAAUACGUCAUCGGAGUCCCAAACGUACUGGGCACUAUCCACAACAGCAGCGGCCAGCAGCUCCAGGGGAAAGCCAAGGUGGUGCCAGGACAGGGACAGGUUACCUGCAGGCCUGGAUCUGUACAGAACCCUGGGCUUGGGUCGGGGCAAGAGGAGAACUGGGGCAAGACGGACCUUGCAGUGCUCAACACUAUCAAACAGCCCCGGGACGAUGCAGUGGGUGGGAGGGAGGUCAGAGGGGCUGCUACGGUAGCACAGUCAUCAGAACACAGCCCAGAGGGCAAAAGAGGGAAUAUUAGGAAAGGACCUGGUCACUCCCCUACACAGACCAGCUGCAUACGCCAGAUCCUCCUCCUCCAGCUGGAACUCAUUGAACAACAGCAACAGCAGCUCCAGUCCAAGAGCAAGGAGAUAGAUGACCUCAAAGCUGAGAAGGAAAUGCUCAUGGCGCGGAUGGAGCGCAUGGAGCGCCGUCUGCAGCUGGGUAAGAAGGAUGGGUGUGACCAGCGCCCCACCCGCACCCCUAAGCCAGCAGGAAAACCCUGCGGCGACGCCAGAGGGGCAGGGGCUGUCUGAGGGCCGCAGCAGCCAACACCCCGAACGCUGCAUUUUGGCAGAGGAGGCAAGGGCCACAAAGCGUUUCCUCUUCCAGGACCCCAGGGCAGCCAAACGACGUGCCAAGCCAAGGCCUCCCAGUCCCCACACAAGGAGGCGCUUCUCCCCAAAGAGAAGCCUCUGGACGGGGAAGAGUUUUCGGAUGGGUCUCCUGGGACCAGCUCGGCCACCACUGAGGAACUGGACUACCUGUCAACGACAGACAUGUACCUGUGUCGCUGGCAUGUGCCUCCCCCGUCACCAACUUCGCGAGAGCCCUCGCCCAAGAAGGAGGAGCCUGUGGCCAUUCCCUCAUGGAAGGAAAACCUUAUGGAGCCCCUGGGAGAGGAGGAGGCAUCUGAUAUCCCUGAGAAUCUGGAUGACAAUGUCUUCCUGAAGCGCCACUCGAAGCAUGAACUGGUUGAGAAGAGAAGGAAGAGAUGGGACAUCCAGCGGAUCCGUGAGCAGCGGAUGUUCCAGCGACUGCAGCAGCGCAUGAACAAGAGGAAGGGUAUCCAAGAGAGUGAGCCAGAAGUGUUCUCCUUCUACCCAGAAGCUGAGGAUGUGGAGUCCCUCAUGAUCACCCCCCACCUUCCAGUGGCGGUGUUUGGCCGACCUCUGCCAAAGCUGUCAAGACGGAGCUUUGACCUGCCCUGGCUGGACGAGCGGAGCCGCUGUCGAGUAGAGGUUCCCAAAAAGCAAACUCCCCACCGGACCUGCCGAAAAUAAAUCUGUCCUUUCCAACUGAGUCCAAGAGAGGAGACACCGGCCGGCUUGGUGCCAGGCGGCACCCCUCUGUGAACGUCUGCCUUGUUAUUUGGGAGAGGAAUACACUCGGGGUGGGGGAAUUGCAUGCCACAAUCCCCUAAAAUCAAAAGAUGCACUGUGCCACAGUUUGGACAUGGUUGCUGGACUGCAGAACAGAUCCUAUUGUUUGUUCAUGGUAGGGCUGGUUUGGAAGAAGACUGAGGGUGGUGUGGACUAUCCAGGAAGAGCAGAGAUGUUUGUCUCUCCUCUGGAUUUCCACUGGGUUAAUUUGAGGACAGUUUUCCUCUUUGCAACUUCACCCCAAAAAUUCCUGCGCAAACAAGCUAAAGCUCUACAAACUGUUGACGUUGUCAUUCACAUUGACAUGCCUCAUAUUUGAACAGCGCAGAAUGGCUCUGUCUCCCAUCUGUAUGUGAUUGCUGUUGCAUCCUAUAGAAAGGAGAUCUCCUAUUGGAGAUAAAAGGAAAAAAAAACAUUGGACAUUAGGAGAGUGAGAUGUGUUGAAAGCGCUUCAGCAGCAGUUAUGGUUUGUUUCAAACAAGAUGUUGUAAUUUAAAAAAUGCUUUAUGAACAUGACUUUGUUUCUUUUG